UGUCUGAUGCCGUCAACACGGUGGGAUCUGAGAGUCGCACCGUAAAUGAACUGAAGAAGAAAUGGUCAGACAUAAAGGUGGAAGUUAAGCGGAGAACUGCUGCGCACCGACAAAGUGUGGGCAGAACAGGCGGUGGUACAGGGACCGAUGAACUUGCACCCUUUGAUCAGAGAGUUGCCUCUAUUGUAGGAGACACGUUAAUCUCUGGAAUCGUAUCCGCUGAUGUAGGAGACUCGGAUAUACUACAGGACUGCCAGCAAGGCAAGAUGGCGCUGACUUUCAGGAAUGGAUAUCUGGAGAUGCUGAGAACGUGUUGGAGAUUACAAGCACAUCAUGUUAAGAUUCCUUUUCUUAAUGAAAUGGGACUUCUGUGUCCUGCCCUAGCACGUCACCAAAGUUCUCAGAGCAUCAAAUUACCAUCAAGCAGUUAUGUACCACAGACGUCCUUAUCCAGACCCUUGUGGCCAGAAGUGUCCUAUAUCACCCCUGAAGAAGAGGAGAAGCAGCACAAAGUGGUUGUAGAAAAUGUGAACACUCUUCUUGCAAAGGAAGACUAUGGAAGACUUUUUGCAGUUGUCCAUUUUGCAAGUCGACAGUGGAAAGUGACAAAUGAAGACCUGAUCUUAAUUGAAAACCACAUUGGUGCUGAAUGUGGUGACCGGAUUACUCUUGAGAAGGUGCUGCUGGUUGGUGGAGAAGAGUUCACACUGGUUGGGAGGCCCCUACUCGGUUGUGAUUUGGUCAGAGUAGAGGCAACUGUCAUUGAGAAGACUGAAUCCUGGCCAAAAGUUCAUAUGCGGUUCUGGAAAAGACACAGAUACCAGAAGAAAAGAAUUAUUGUGCAACCACAGACAGUGCUUCGGAUCAACACAAUUGAAGUUGCUCCCAGAUUGACAUGAUGCUAUAUAUUUUGAAAUGUAAAUAACGUUUUGGCCAGUGAAUGUGCCACUGAAAUUGCUCAGUAUGAAAAUAUAAUGGGAAAAUGUGUUUAUGGACAACAUUUGGUAUCUUUCAAGUGAAUCUUUGUAAAUGUACUUUUUUUAUGUAAUCAGAUGUUUUUAUUUUUUAUUUUUUUAGAUGUGCUAUAUGAGUACAAUUAAAGCAAUUGUUUAUGAAUCUGUUAUGAAAUUGGUGAAAUCCAGGCACAGGUUCUCACCUAAAUGACAAAUAGCCAUAGGACACCUAUGAAAUCAUGUUGCAGAGUGGAGAAACCUAGCUUGAAGACAGUCAAGGGAAACUUGAGGUAUUCCAGCCUGGUCUCAUAGACUAGACAUACAAUAGUAAGUGAAAAUCUGGGACACUUGGUCCCCUUCAGCCAAUUUUUGUGAACUCAGUGUGGUUCGCUUUAUUUUUUGUGCAGUGUGAACACUCCAAAAGAACUCAGACCCCUCAAAAGAGCCCCCGAACCAAACAGACCAUCUCGCUUUAAUUCCGCGGUCUGGUUCCCUUUUUUAGGACAAUGUGAAUGCAAGGCUCCCUAAGUUCGCUUUUCAUUAUUCCUGCACCACACACUAGACUACUGCAACACCGUUUCUCCUGCCAUAAACCCUCAGAUUGGUGCCACAAAGGAGAGAAGAUGAUGAUGUGCAGGUUCGUGGAAGAAAAUGUGUCCUGUUUUUGGAUAUUGAUUAGCGAUUGUCAAAGAGUUUUUAUUUUUAGAUUAUUUGUUUGCAAAAAUAUUGCAAACAAGUAAUCAUAAUAAUAAAAAAAAUGUGAUCUAUA